AUGGGGAUUGUUUGUGCUAGGCAGCUUAUUCCUGCCUUAGUCUGCAUUAUCGUGUGCCCCACAGUUAUCAACGAGAUUUGGUUUGAUCUUGGCUGCCUUGUUCCAGCUCUUUUCAUCAUUUUUAUACUGGCCUUUGUCAAGCGAAGAGUCAAAUUUGAACCUCAAAACUGCAAUUGUUAUCAUGGUUUGCUGAUACCAUUUGAUUUUUUAGGUGGUUUUAGCAACAGAUUCACCAUUGCUGUUAUAUUUGGAGCCACCUCUAGUACAUGCCUGGAUAUAUUUUUACGUCCAAAAGAUGGAAUUUUUCAGAUGGCUGACCCAGCUGGAUGGGUGCAGGUUUUUCAGGAUAUUGUCACUGUUCUUGUAUACGGAAUCCUGUUCUAUCCAAUUUUUGCCUGUCUGACAACUGACAACAGAUUGGUUGGGUCUUUGCUGGGAUUUCUUUAUGUUACAAUCAGAUUCGCCUUCAAACUAGGGAUGGAGUUUCAGUGUGUAAUAUACUUGAAGAAAGAGUACCAGAAGGAGUUAUUUUACCUGGAAUAUCUGGGGUUAGUUCCAAUCAACCUUUGCCUUGCAUUCAUUUGGAUGAAGUUCGGUCUCCUGCUCUAUCGUGAAGUGAGAAAGAAGUGUUUCCCAUCUGGGAGCUGGGGUGGCGAGGAAAUCCGCAAUAAGCGUUUGGCGAGUGAAAUUGAAAUCGCUCACAUGACGGAACUUCUGAACCCAGGAUCAAUUUCGGGAAAUAAGGUUGGAUUAAACUGGUUUUCAUGUCUGCUUCGUUGUUUCUACAAACCAAGGAAAGAUUUCAAAUUUUCGACACAAUUCAUUUCAGCAACGUUGGUUAGCGCUUUAACGAUCUUUCAGGUCUUCAUGGCAGUGUUUUCCUUAAUGGAAGAAUUAAGAGGAGCAUAUAUUGAAGCAUACAUAAAUAUUGGUGACACCAGCUCGGCUGAUUUUGAAGACGUCCUCUAUAGUGGGUUAGAAGCAGGACUUGUCUUGUCUGCUGUCAUUUCUCUUUCAGUGUUGCUCCACUUCAUGAAAUGCCAUCGAGAACACGUGCUUCAGUUUUAUCAAGGGCAAGCAACAUUUUUAAAGGACCUACUAUCGACUCCUGCAGCUUCAGUGGGGGAGAGUCUCCGAUUUUCUGGAUAUCAGAUAGCAUACACAUUGAUUGGUUUUGGGAUCCUGACAACUUUUCUGUCAACUGUGGCUGCUGCUUUAGCAAUCGUUAUCGAAUAUCCGGAAGAAUUGCUCACCCCAGAAUCAUGGAAAUAUUUAAGAGAAACCGGAAUUGCUUUGUUGUAAGUUUUACCGAUGUAUUUGUUGUAUCGAUUUGAAUCUUAAGAAUGAGAGUCAUAUGACUGCAUCAAACAACGAGUGUUAGAAAAUUUACUUCUAACAAGCUAAUUUGUUAAAUGAUAAAAAUACAAUUAUAGUUAAUCUACAAUAUCGUAAGGGUUUCUUUGUAUUGGUGUCGGAAAAAGGAAUGGAAAUAUUAUAUUAUUUUAAGUUAUUUAAUGCAAAUUAUAAAAAAGGGCAGGUUGAUUACUUCUUA